CUGUAAUUUUAAUAAGGGACAUAAGUGUAUAUAAGGGCCUGUUUGCAUAGAUUAGAUCCAUUCUACGGAGACAACAUCAUCAGGAGCUCCGGAUCCAGGUAUUUAGAUUGAUAUAGACUAAAAGACAUAUUGAAAGUCCGACAAUCUCGACUUGAAGAUGAUGAAGAUUGUAGGAAUAUUGGUUGUAUGCUUUAUUACUGACGUUGUACCUGCCGAAUCUGAUUAUUCCAACUAUUACGACGAAAUUGCCCAAGCAUCAUGCACAGCCAUGAACUCGGCAGGUGGAUGGAUGUACGCUGUUCGCAGGGAUUGUUAUGGCGAUGGCUAUAGAACGUGUGAAGUCAUAUGCCAAAAUCCUCACAUGAAAAAGUAUGAUCCGCAAGUGGCCCAAAGAAGAAUGAUAUGCAUCAACUCACUCCGUGUAUAUGAGAACAGACCUCAGUUUGCCCAUGGAACUGGAUAUGGAAAGUUGGGAUUGAAAACUUACCGAUACAAUACCUGCAUACGCAAAGGUUGUGGCCCAAACUAUUGCUGUUGUAGAACCUUUUAGACAUGGUUGAUCAUGGAUUCCAAUUAGAAACGAUGUGUAGAGGAUCAUCACAGUAUCAAUUAUUUGUCAAAUAUCAAUAGGAGAUUUGAGCCUCUCAAUGCGCAAAUAA